GCCCUGCAGCCCCACAGGUGGUGUUAGCUCGGUGCGAAGGUUCCAGCCAGGGUAGGCAGUGGAGUGCCGCGCAACGUGCUUUCCUGCCUCCCAGCUGCGGCCCCAACAGUUCCGACCCAGCGCCUGCAGGCCUGCUCGGUCGAUCUUCGAGCUGAAGAUGCGGCGGGGCUGGAAGAUGGCUCUGUCCGCGGCGCUGCGGUGCUGCCGCCGGGUACUUUCUUGGGUGCCAGUGCUUGUUAUCGUCCUCGUCGUGCUCUGGUCUUAUUAUGCCUACGUCUUUGAACUCUGCUUGGUCACUGUUUUGAGCUCAGCAGAAAAAGUUAUCUACCUCAUAUUCUACCAUGCCAUCUUUGUGUUCUUUACCUGGACCUACUGGAAGUCUAUUUUUACACUCCCUCAACAGCCAAAUCAGAAGUUCCACUUAUCCUAUACAGACAAGGAGCGCUAUGAAAAUGAAGAGAGACCUGAGGUCCAAAAGCAGAUGCUUGUUGAUAUUGCCAAGAAGCUACCAGUCUACACAAGAACCGGGAGUGGAGCUGUAAGAUUCUGUGACCGGUGCCAUUUGAUCAAGCCAGAUCGCUGCCACCACUGCUCUGUCUGUGCUAUGUGUGUAUUAAAAAUGGACCAUCACUGCCCUUGGGUUAAUAAUUGCAUUGGAUUUUCCAACUAUAAAUUCUUCCUUCAGUUCUUAGCUUAUUCUGUUCUCUACUGCCUGUACAUUGCUACAACGGUCUUCAGCUAUUUCAUCAAAUACUGGAGAGGGGAAUUGCCAAGUGUUCGCUCUAAGUUCCAUGUCCUUUUUCUCCUCUUUGUGGCCUGCAUGUUUUUUGUCAGCCUUGUGAUUCUCUUUGGUUACCAUUGUUGGCUUGUCAGCAGAAACAAAACCACCUUAGAGGCCUUCUGUACUCCAGUGUUUACAAGUGGCCCAAAGAAGAAUGGGUUCAACCUUGGCUUCAUCAAAAAUAUCCAGCAGGUUUUUGGAGACAACAAGAAGUUCUGGUUAAUACCUAUUGGGUCCAGCCCUGGUGAUGGACAUUCCUUCCCUAUGAGGUCUAUGAAUGAGUCACAGAAUCCACUGCUAGCAAAUGAAGAGGCCUGGGAAGACAAUGAUGAUCACAGCCGAGAUUAUCCAGAAGGUUCAUCAUCUCUUGCGGUGGAAACAGAAACGUAGCAGUUUUCACAUUUCCUGCAUCUCUAAGACAGGAUCAUCUAUCUCCCAUGAAGUUUACAGAGUUCAAUGUUGGGAACCAUUUUAAUCUUCAAAAUAAGUCACCAUGGCAGAUUGAAAGCUUCACUAUAUGAAAGCAUUUUGUCAAAUACUUGCUGUGAAAAUAGUGUUUUGGAACUUUACAAGUCAUUUAAUUUACUGACUGAAUUCAUCAAUCUGGUAGCAGUUAAUACCAUCCAGUCUUCCUCUCUUCCUCCCCCUACCCCACCUCAACCUGUGAAGGCCUAAAUGCAUAUAAAUCUUUCUAGAGGCUAUUUUCAUUUUUCUUAUGUGGUAAAGCAGAAUUCAAAAGACUUUCUUGGAGUCUUUAACUCCCCUGGAAAGUGUAUUAAUCAUAUCUAUAGGGUCUUUGUGGAAUUGAGGGGAAUCAGAUUACAGACUACAUUUGCUGCUUGUAUGCAUGUGCAUUGACAAGCAUGCACAUAUGUAGUACAUUUACACAAAAUUCUGCGAUGGUAUUGUGAAAAAUGAAGUUUAAAAACUCUGCAUUGUUUAUCCAAUAUUUUUUUCUAAAUAUCAAUUUAAAUAUAUGCUGAACUGUGAGCAUCAUCCCUAUAUCAGGUCCCUAAAAUUCAAGAGAGAUUUGACACACUGUGAUCAGGGUCCUCAAACUGGGAACUGAACAGCAAUGUAAAUGUAAAACCUGAUGUCUGUCAUAGAUGUAUGGUGUUCCUGAAAGUACCACAGCUAGUUGGGAAGAUCAGAUCAGAUCAGAUUUCUACUUUAUUAAAUAUAACAAUUAGUAUUUUACACACUUGUAAUACCAGCCUGUGGUAAAAUUGUCUAAUUACUUUUAUUCUUUUUUUUCUGCUACCUAGCUUUAUUUUAGCCUUUAUGAGUUAUUGUUAUGAUGAAAGAAAAACUAUAAGCCUAAGUUAUGGACCAUUGAUUUUGUUAAGGAGGUUAAUGGUGAUUUUCAGAUUUAAUUACAAUACUAUUCAUCAGGAUAAAAUUUUACAGUUGAAAUUGGCCUAAGGGUUAGCACUGAAGAUCUGUGUUUUCACAGCAAGCGUUAGUGUACAGAUAGUGAUAAUCUAAUAGUAAUAUGACAAUCCUUGGUUUUUCUUUGUUUCUUGUUUUCUUAGUUUCAGUGGUAUUUUAGCCUUGAAGAUAGUUUACAUUCAUUUCCCCAUUAAUUUAUAAUCAUCCGUUCUUUUCGUCCCAGUACCUAAAUUAGUGAGUAUGGACACGAAUGCUGCUUCUUUAUAAUAAUAAUACCUAAAAGUAUUGAUGAUGUUUGUUUCUCAGGCAGUGCUCUAGUGCCCAGCUCUUGACCAUAGAAAUCUCAGCUCUUCGGAGAUCAGUCAGUGUUACAGGCAUCUUCCAGAUAUCAAGGAGUUGAGCUCCUGGAGGAAUGUUAGGUUUACUAAAUUAUUUUCCCUCAAACCUUACUGAGUAAAAAGAGUUGCCUGCUACAAUCAACUCAAUGUUCAGGCUCCAGUGGAGCUGAGAAAGCGAGCAACCCAACUACUUAAAGCAACAAAAGACCUGUUUAUUUGGAUUCUCUAGGUAGUUUGGGUCAAGAUAAGACUUUUAUCAUAAAUUAAAUUGAUUGUGGCCAGCAUAUCACUUGAGAGAAUACUAGACAUGACUAAAUAUAUCAGGGCCAGGGGCUGUUUCUCAAACACGGACACUAAGAAGCAGCCUAGAAGACUAUGCAUACUGGAUUUCCCAAUGAAAUUCUAUAUGUUCAGAUGGGAAUAGUUUUCCCCUUCCUCUCUCCCUCCAAGACACUCCCUUGUUUAGGUUUCUCUUGAAAGCUUAUUUGGCCAUCCAUGUGGCCUUGUGAUGGACAAGACUUGCCUUCUGUUCAUGAAAUGCACCUUUAAAGGUAGGCCUUUUACUUCAUAGCCAGUGGGCCUCAAAGCAAGCCUUUCUCUUUUCCAUGUAUCAUCUUCUGCCAAGGGUUUAGGCAGAGUAGCUGUUAACUAUAAUUCAAAGCCAGAAAGGAAGCAAGAACUUCUUUGAUGCAUAGAGUCUAUUAGCACUCAUAGAAAUCAGGUCAUAAAGCUCAGGAAAGGUAAGAUGCAAAGCUGACAGAUUUACAGUCUUCAAAAGGCCAAAUAAAUCAGUGUUUUUACUGGGGGCUUAGUGAAAUAAAGAAACCUUAUUCCUAUCUCAGCACCUUGAUCUCACUAGUUUAUAGACUGAUAAUAUCCAUAGAUUGAGUAUUGACUACAUACAUAAGCAUUCCUCCAAUUGGUUUAUUAUUGAAACAACAGAGAUUUGUUUGAUAAUUAGCAUAUCCUGAUUUGGCUUCUUUGCCUGCUUUUCCUUGCAGCCCUGUCCAAUAACCUCUGUGGGAUCACAUUCCCCAAUCUUUGGUACCCAUUCUUUCCCAUUUGCAACAUGAGAACACUCAUUAGGAUCCCACAGCUAAAAGGUGCUAUGUAAUCUUUAGUGCUCUUAUACGUAUUAUUGCAGGAUUAGAAUGAAGAGUUUAACCAUAACAGUAUUUCUAAGUAAACCAGCGCUCUCCAUUCUUCCAUGUUCUCAUUGCUGAUUUGUUCUUUCAGAGAUUAGGGUACUUUAUUAAUGUUUUCCAUUAAUUCCAACAAUGUUCUUAGAAAUAGACAGAGUAGAAAUUAUUUCCCUAUGGUACAGGUAGAAAAAUUAAGGCCAAAUAAAUGAAAUGCCCUCCAAAUGCACCUAGCUGUUUGGAACAAAACAAUGUCCAGUGUACUGUUAGAGUGACUUGGCUUUUUAGUACUGCAAUUACCAUGCAGCAGCUUAGAACAGUGAGAAAAAAUAGGCCAAGAUCACAUUUCAGAAGAGUCCUACUUUGUCUAUAAUCUGAAAGCAUGCAUUUUAUGCAACUCUUUUUCUCUAUGUGACAUAAAUGUAAUAUGUGCCUCUUUACCCCACUGGCCCCAUGUGACACAUAUAUUUCACACUACAUGGCAUCAGCCAGUGUCAUUAUCUCCUCUGGAAACCCAUAGAGCCAAAUCUCAGGGCUGACUUUGUCAGUGAAAUUAAUGUGCUUCCCCAUGUUUAUGCCAAAUUGCACAAAAUGUAGACAUUGCAGUAAAUGGAGACUUAAGCACAACCCUAGCAGGUAUGUUUUAAGAAUAUUGAAUGCACAUUAUUGUAAAGUGCACCUGAAAUUUAACAUGACCCAAAUUCACAGUAAUGGAACAGUAAUGUAGAAUCAAUCCCUUUCCCUUCUCAUCACACUGUCUCCAAAAUGGGCUGCCUGGUGAUGAGGAGCAGAUACUUUAAAGGAAUAAUUCUGUCCUCUCCUAGAAAAAUGUCCUCCAACAGUCACUGCAAGUUGAAAAACAUUCCAUUUAUACAUUCUAGAACCUCUGCUCCCACAGUAGCUAAAGUACUUAUUUGGUUCAAAAGACAUGUUCUGUGUUUCUUUCAGUCAUAGAAGGCAUCUAACAAGAUUGUUCAACCCUUCCACAGUACCAUGUUAGUAGAAAAUUCAUAAGCUCCAUCCAAUCAGUAGAAAAUGUUUUAUUAAGUAUGGUACAUCUACAUUUCUUUAACUAUAGCUGUAAUGUGCCAUAUUAAAUUGUAAUCUUUUGCAUGCAGGUGUUAUGUAAUAUAAUAAUGAAUGGGUGGCUCCUAAUAGCAUGCAACCCAUGAAUGUUUACUUCCCCAAAAUGAAUAAGGUUGUAUCCCACACAGUGUUCAAAACUAUUACAUGUGUUCUUUGUAUAAGCCUGGUAUAUGGCCAUCAGCACAAUGAGUUAAAACAGGCAAUGAAUGUAGUGUAUCAGGAAAUACAUUCUAAGUAGGGAAUGGCGUUAAAAGAAAGGAAAAUAACAAUAAGAUGCAGUCAAGGAAUAAUUGCUGUCACUUUGCUGGUUAAAUCAGCAAAGAGACACAGCAGAAAAACCAGUACUGGGUCUCGGUAACAUAUGAAAUGUAUUGGAGUACCGGAGAAAGAAAGGCCCUGGGGACCUCAGCAAGUAAGCUCAAGUUGCCAAUUUGCUACAAGUCCUUUUUCCCUCCAAUCUGCUCAAAGUGAUUAUAUAUGGUAUUCUUAAAACCUUGUGUCUUGCCAGAGAAAUACCCACAAAUACUGAUCAGCCUUAUCUUCUUAUGUUCUUUAUUAAAAGUAUAUGCAUAAAA